CGGCUCGUCCACCGGCAAUGCACCCGCGUCUAACACGGCCUCUUUCACGCCACCUUCCAGUCAACUACCAUCGCAACCCAUGCAGACGUCACCACAAGGACAGCAGGCCCACAAUAGCAACAGCAAUGACAACGCUCCGAAUCAGCCGCAGAGCCAGGCACCAUCGUUGCAACAGCAGCAGCACCUAGGGGCACCUCCUGGCGUGCCAUCCAUCGGAGUGCCUCAAAACGUCUCGAACGGUAACCAUCACAUACAACCAACCCUACAUUCACUGUCGCAGCUGCACAGUUCCGUUGCACAGUCCCAAAGUCAACUCCGCCAUCAUCCGCAAACACCCGCUCAGCAAGUGCUCAUAUCCGCUGCUGAUCGAUGGGGUCUCGUCGGGUUACUUGCCAUGAUCAAAAAUAGUGGGGCUGACCCUGAUGGCGGUCUGAGCAGCAUUGGAACGGAUCUUGGUGCAAUAGGAUUAGACAUGGCGUACGAAGGGAAUCUGUACUCGACGUUCAUAACGCCGUGGGCUGAUCAGUCUGCGGCACGGAGCGUCAAACCUGAUUUCCACCUCCCGCCCUGCUAUAAUGUACAACCCCCGCCAACAGCGCCGAGCAAAGCAGCAGCGUUCAGUGAUGAAACAUUAUUCUACAUGUUUUAUUCAAGUCCGAGGGAUGCGCCUCAGGAGGUUGCAGCCCAGGAGCUGUGGAAUCGCAAUUGGAGAUAUCACAAAGACCUGCGGAUCUGGAUAACCAAGGAAAGCGGUAGUGCUCCGUCGACGAAGAUUCCCGGCGGGGAAGUCGGUCUAUACACAUGGUGGGAUCCGGAGUCGUGGUGCAAGGACCGCAAGGAGAUGACGGUGCGAUACGCCGAUCUGGAGGAAAAAACUGCUCCGGCGUUCGCAAUGGGGCGCACAAGGACAGCAGCAAGGGGGGAUAGGUCAACAGGCAGCUGCAAGUCAGGCGACUGCUCAGCCAAGAAUGCAGAUGGCAGGGAUGUAGGCUUUUUGUUUUGCGUGAUGUGACACUGGUCUCGGUUGAAACGAUGACUGCAUACCUGAGAUAUCAUCUCAUUAGCUUCGGCGAGCUGCACUGUAAGGCUUUAGGAAGCUGGGGAUGACUGUAUUUGUGCUUUUUUUAUUUUAUCCUUGACCGCAAUGUUUCACGUUCAAUCUGACAACACAGUCUCUGAUACUCG